GUUCAAGUCCCAUCUGAACUGCGACUGGCUUCAAGUCCCAACGUAUAGUGUUUGUUUUCAGCAGCACUAGGCACGUUUCAAGUGCUCAACAGCCACUUGAACAGCGUGUAUUUAUAAAACAUUUCCAUCACCAAAGAAAGUUCUACCGGACAGCCUUGAAUGGAUCUUGGUGGCUGUUCUAAAAAUGAAGGCUGAUCCUAGGUCCCUCUUUGGCCCGCAAGAAGUCUGAGGCUCCUACUGCCUAAAAGCUCAUGCUCUGGAGAAGCAUAAAAGACGUCAGGAGUCGGGAGGGCACAGAGAACAUUACUCAACCCAGAUACCUUCCAAACUUCUCAACAAGAUUCUGGCAUCUUCCCGGACUGAAGGCGGGCCAAGAACUUUGAGCUCAUUGGCUGGUGGUGGGGGGGGGGGGAGUUGCCAGCGCUUUCCUCUGAUUGGUCAUUUUCUCUUAGCAGAAAACCAAUCAUCGAGGGAGGUGGGGGCGUGGCCAGGCUCGCCUACAGGCCCUUCCGCGAGUUCCAGCGCCCACCCACCCCGCUGGCGGGUCAGAUUGGUGGAGGAUGGCUCUGGAAGAGGGCCGGAGCCUGCCCGAGGUGCGGGCGCGAGUGGGGGCUUCGCAUGGCAUCACCGACCUGGCCCAAAAGCUUCACUUCUAUGACCAAUGGGCUCCGGACUAUGACCAGGACGUGGCCACCCUGCAGUACCGCGCUCCCCAGCUCGCAGUGGACUGCCUCACCCGAGCCCUUCCAGGUCCACCCCACGCUGCCCUGAUCCUGGACGUGGCCUGUGGUACUGGCCUAGUGGCUGCAGAGCUGCAGGCUCGGGGCUUCCUCCAGCUGCAUGGGGUGGAUGGGAGCCCAGGGAUGCUGGAACAGGCCCGGGCCCGUGGCCUCUACCAGCGCCUCAGCCUCUGCACCCUGGGUCAGGAGCCUCUACCCAGCUCUGAAGGGACCUUCGACGCGGUGCUGAUGGUGGGUGCCCUCAGUGACGGCCAGGUGCCCUGCAGUGCUGUACCUGAGCUCCUGCGAGUUACCAAGCCAGGUGGGCUGCUGUGUCUGACCACCAGGACCAACCCAUCCAACCUGCAUUACAAAGAGGCGCUGGAGGCCACCCUGGCCAGGCUGGAGCAGGCCAGGGCUUGGGAACGCCUGGUGGCCUGGCCGUGGACCAGUGGGAACUGGCCACCUCCGAGCUCGAGGUGGGGCCUGGCGCCUCUGACAGCGACGGCUUCAUCUCCGGCAUCGUCUAUCUGUACCGAAAGCAGGAGGCAGCCCAGGCUGAGGGAGUGAGGCCCAGUGCCUAGCCCCCGGCUGGCCUCCGAGCCUCCAUGAGGCCUCGGCCAGGCGCAUCGUUGGGCCUCCUCUGCUUUGCCUGUAAAACGAGGCCGCUGCACCAACCCUGCCCCUCAGGAGAGCUAUGCCUAUUAAAUGAGUCCC